AUGAAUCUGAUUCAAUUACUCUUAAUCUUUUUUACCAUACCAGUUUUUUCACUAUGCAGUUUUGAAUGCAAUUCUACAUGAGUAUUUCUUAUCUAGAUCAACAACGGCUGAUGUGAUGAAGCCUGUAUGUCUGUAGGCUGCAAUUUUGACGGAGGAGAUUGUGCCAGCACCUGCUCUACUACUUACAACUGUACUUUACCUAGUAAUAAUGUAUGUGAUCCUGCUUGUGACAAUGUUUAUUGUGGCUAUGAUCAUGGAGAUUGUGGGUAUUGCUCUGAUGGGUGCACCUUACUCCCUCCUCCGUGAGAACAAAAAUCUUGUUCGCUCACGAAGGGGAGCUAAUUUUUAUUUUAAAAAAUUUUAUAUAUAAAUUUAUAGAAUUGUUUUUUCGGAAUUUAAAAAUCCUAGUUGGAAAGCAAAUAUUAAUUUAAUUUGUAAAAAUUAUAUUUUUUUAAAACAUAAUUUGUUUUAAAAUUAAACAGAAUUAGCUCAAGAUUUCAUUAUAAUAAUUAUCACUUAUAUAUUAAAAUUUUUUUUUCCAUAAAAUUUUUCUAUUAAAAAAUUUUGUACGCUUUUUCUAAUAGUUUUGCUCGCUCACGGCACGGAGGGAGGAGUUAACAAUGCUUGAAGAUUCCGUCUGCCACGAGGAGUGUAAUAAUGCCUAUUGCAAUUUCAACAAUUAUAAAUGCGUAAGAGAUAUUUAGGACUGCAAUGAGGGGUGCAAAGGGAGCUAUAUUGGUGAUGGGACAUGUCAAUGGGAAUGCAUGACUUAUGAUUGCAGCUAUGAUAAUGGAGAUUGUGACAAACUCCAGUGUAAUACUGACUGCACUUUGGCUUUAUUGAAAAAUAAUGAAUGUGAUGAGGUCUGCAACACAGAAACGUGUAAUUAUGAUAAUUAUCAAUGUUUAUGUAAUACAGACUGCUAUCCUUCUAUGCUCACAAAUGGAGUUUGCGAUAAAGAAUGUGCUGUAGCAGACUGUGAUUAUGAUAAUCAUGAUUGUGGAGACUGUGCGCUUGACUGCUUUAAAAGCGCGAUAAGCAAUGGUACCUGCGACAGUGUCUGCAACAAUGCAGAUUGCAAUUACGACGGAACGGACUGUUUAACCUGUGCAAACAACUGUUUAGUUACAGAUCUAGGCGGAUGCAGGCCAAAUGACAUUGCCUUUUUGAUAGUGUCCAUUUCACCGAAAAAUUUUCGACCAAAUGGAUUUCAAUGAAAUGUACACUGUCAAAAAUCCACAGUCAUUUGACAUGGAGCCGAUCUAGGCAAAUGCAAUUCUGAUUGCAUGGUAUACAGUUGCGGCUUUGACCCUAAUUGCCAUAAUUCUUCUAUUAUUUUUUCUGCCUAUUAUCAACAAAUAGUCAAUGAAGAUUGAAACUACCAAUUAGCAUACCCGACUCAAUGUCCUUAUCAUGAUUGUUCUUUAAAAUACACAGACAGUCUUAAUUUUUUGCAACCGAUAAAGCCUUCAAACUGCACACAAACCUGCAACUUUUUAGAUUGCUAUUAUAAUUAUUUCCAGUGCUACAGCGAGAAUUGCACCGAUCCUAAUUGCAAACUUUGUUCAAAUUUAGACCCGGACUUAUGUGUAAGAUGCAACAAUUAUCAAUGAUUUGGUAGCUGCUUGACUUCUUGUCCAAAGCAUUAUGAAUCUUAUACUCAUCCUCAGACAAAUGUUCAGAUUUGUGUGGAGUCAGCUGAUACAACGACUGAAGAAAGCCCUGAAGAAAUUUUUGUGAGUGCUACUAAUUUGGUGUCAGGGGAUGGGAGUAUAAAUAGUCCUUACUCCCCCGUGAGUGAACAAAAAAUUUUUGUUCGCUCACGGGGUCAGUUUUUUUUUAAAAAUUAGAGAUAAAUUUUAUCGAAAUUUUUUUUUCGAAAUUUUAAAAAAAUCCUAAUUCACAAAAUUGGAAAGCAAAUAUUAAUUUUAUUUUAUAAAAUUUAUGUUUUAAAACGCAAUCUGUUUAAAAUUAAACAGAAUUAACUAUAGAUUUCGUAAUACUAUUGAUCACUUAUAUAUCAAAACUUUUUUCACAAAAAAAUUUUUGUUUGCUCACGGAGGGUUGGCUUUUGGCCAAAAAAUAGGGAUUUUUUUAAUGGUUUUGUUCGCUCACGGAAGGGGGGAGUUAUAUUUCUUUAUCAUAUGCAUUGUCAACAGUUACAUAUAAAUAUGCGACAGUUUAUUUAAUGUCAGGAAGCCAUAACCUUACUACUUUUGAUGAUUCAACCUCAUUAGAAGCGAAGUCUUCAAAACCACUGUAUAGAGACACUACAGAUACCAUCCAGCUUUUAAUAAAACCUCUUUAUUGCUCUAUUUAUUCAGUAUCUAACUGUGUAGAUGAUGGACAAAGUAUCACUGUGUAUGUAGAUGCUAUUCCUUUAUCUUUGGACAUUUCAACAAAUGUGACGAUAGAAAAUAUCAUUUUUGAUGGAAGUAUCACAUUUGCACCUCAUUGUGCCGACUGCAACUAUUGUAAAUCUGCUACAAAUAAUGAUGGCCAGUUAUUAGAUGACAGAGGGAAACCAUUACUUACAGGCAACUACGCUCCUCAGGAUAUCUGCAAUACUUUUAGCAACCUUGGAUUUUUUAAUAUAACUUCAGCUGGAAUUUUGAAUUUGAAGGUAAAUUUUAUGUAGAAUGUGAAAAUCCAAAAUUUCCGCCAGCAAUAUAGCUCAAUUAUAUCAGUUAACGGAGGGAUACUGAAUAUGGAAUCUGUAAAUUUUUAUAAUUUUAUGAGCGCUUUUCAAGGCUCUGCCAUUUCUUCUACAUGCUCGUCUGGAUACUGUGGAGAGAUUCAUUACUUAGGUGGGACAGUAUCAGCAAUGAAUAAUGGCUACGAAAUCACCAAACAAAUUACUUUGGCGCCUUUUCUAUCAGCUACUAAAACAAAUUAUGUUGAAAUCCAAGACAUAAUAGCUGAGAAAAACAUAGUCCAAAGAACGACAAAUCAAGUUCUUUUCCAAACUUUUGGAUAUUUCUACAAUGUUUUAAAUAUAACUAUUCUGAACUCGGAAUUUCGGUUCAAUUAUAACUAUGACGGCUUGUUUUAUAUCAAUCAAAAUAGCUUAGUUAUGCCUACUACCCUUGACAGCGACUACUCUCUUAUAUAUCAAAAUCUGCAAAACAUAAGGGUCGAAAACUGUACAUUUUAUAACAACAGUGCCCAAACUUAUGCAGGAUUUAUUAUUAAAUUUAACAAGGAGCUUCAGAAUAUUUAUUUCAAUAACAACACAUUUUACAAUAACAUAGGCUCAGAAAUCAUUUAUAUAGAUUAUGAAGGAAGCUAUUAUUCGAUAUUUGUGUCUGGAGAAAGCAGGGUAACUACAAUAGAUGGUAAAAAUAUUAAGAUUCACUACCCUAAGAGAACGAUCACUUUUUAUAACCUUAAUUUUACCAACUCAUCCCUUAGCGAUGCUUUAAUAUAUAAAUAAUAAUUAUCAAAAUGAAAUCCCUAGUUAAUUUUACAAUAAAACAUUUUUUUUUAAGUUAAAUUCUAUUUUGCUUUGAUUAAUCCAAAACAAUAAACUUUUAAAAAAAUUAACCUCCCAGUUGUCAAGCAAAAUAUUUUUUUGAGUUAAGAAGGAGUAAUAAUUUUUUGUCUGAGACUGCUAUUGAAAUCAGCAAUGUUCCUAAUGUGAACUUUUUAUACUCAUAUUGAAUAAGUAAUGGAGAAAGUGACUACGACGAUAUAAAUACUGUAAAUAUUGAUUAUCUAAUAGACUCAUCCGACCUUUAUAUCAGCCUUGAGCUCUCUUCCUUAGACUAUACCUGCUCAUCAAUUUUAUCAAUUUCAGACACAAAUAAUUUCAUUUUUGACUUCAAUACCGUCGAAGGCAACUUUUGCAGUGAUACAAACGCAGGAUUGUACUUACAAGACUGCAUUGGAAGCACUUAUAUCCAGAACUCCACUUUUACAAAAAAUAAAUCUCAAGGGAACAGCAUAGCUUUAUUUGCAGAUAUGUCAACUACUCCAGUUAUUUAUAGCCUGAGCCUCCUUUGGCUCGAACUAUACCGAUAUUGGGAGAUGUCGGAAGGGAGUUGGCUUUUACCAAUAUUUGUUGGUAAAGCCAGCACCCCAGAUAGCAGAUCUCAAUAUACGGUGGAUUUAUCAUCUGGAGAUUGAUUUUACUACAAAUGCUAGUAAAACCAACUCCCCUUUCGACAUCUCCUGACGUCGGCAUAGCUCGAGCCAAAAGGAGGCUCGGACUAUAUAAUUUAACUUUUACACAAAAUUAUUUUAGCAGACAAUCUGGCAAUGGCGUCGUUGUUUUGAACACAAAAGAUGCAGAAUUCACCCUAACUAAAUGCAAAUUUAUAAGCAGCCAAACUCCAGUGUAUGCGGAUUCAUUAAAAAGCUUAACAAUUGAUAACUGUACAUUUGAGUCUGGGGCAAAAGACCAGUUUUAUAGCGCUGUUGCCUUUAGGGCUGACGAUUCUUCGAGUCUGACGAUAAUAGACUCAUUUAUCCAAAAUAACUCUCCUACAUCAGGGCACAUCAAGAUUUAUUCUGCAGUUGUUUAUUCAUCAGUUCUGCUCAGCAUCUCAAACUGUUUAUUUUAUAACAACUCUUUGGGUAGCUACCUUAUUACAAUAGACAACUCGAUUGCAAUGGACUCAGACAGUGUGAUUACUUCUUCUAACUUUUCUAGUAAUGCAAUAACUUUGAUUAAUGCUCAGAUGAGGUCAGGAAGUUUUACAGUCUCUUCAUCAACCUUCAGCUCAAAUUCUGCCCCAUAUGGAACUAUCUUAAACUCUGGCUGUGUAUCACCAACCAUGGUUAUUUUUGAUAGCAACACUAUUAGCUCAAAUACAGGGGACAGCAUCUUCUACAUAAGUUCUGACUCUGGCACCUCUUUAUUCUACACAAUUGACAGCUAUGUUUACAAUAACUCCAACAACACCAUUUCUCUCCACCAAGGCAACUGAACAGACUCUGGCUCAACAUUUUACAAAAAUUCUGGAUACCAAGGAGGGGCAGCUUUAAUCGAAUCUACCAGCAACGCUAUUCUAACCAACACAAUCUUCAAAAGUAAUUCAGCGUCAGAAGGAGGAGCUAUUUAUUUAUCUGGAUCUUCUACCUUAGUUUGUGAUAACUGCACAUUUAGUGAUAAUUUUUCAUCUGACGAAGCAGGUGCAUUAUACUCUGAACAAGCUUCAAAAUUCACAUUUAACAACUCAGUUAUAACCAAAAACAGCUGCACAAGCCGAGGCUCAGCUAUAGCAUCUCUUAACUCUUUUAAAGUCACUUCAAUUAUCCAGAAUACAGAAGUUUCUUUUAAUUAUGCUGGAGUUGGAGCAGCUAUUACUGGAUUUAUGGUCCAGAUAAUGUAUAAAAACUGUUCUAUAUAUAAUAACACCUCAGUCGCUAAUACCCCUUCGAUUUUGAUGAUAUACUCAAACGCUUAUAUCUAUGACUCAAAAUUUUAUAACCAUAUUGGGUAUUAUGGAGCUCAUAUUUAUGCGGAUAUUAUGUGCAUUUUGAUGGUUUAUGACACUUCAUUUGAAAAUUCAGUUUCAGAAUCUACGGGUGGGAGCGUUUCUAUCAGUGGCAGUCUUUUUUACUGUGAAAGGUGCUAUAGCCUGAGCCUUGCUUUUGAUUGAGCCCAUGAUAGUUCUCACAACGCUUUGGUGGUUACUUAAUCAGUUUUCCAAGCGCAGUUUUUAUUUUUAGAUCUGUUUUUGAGAAGCUAUACUAAAUUCCUGGGGAUAGCGCGGAAUACGCUAUCCCCAGGAAUUUUCUAUAUCUAAAAAAUCUCAAAGUUGCCUCCCACACUUUAGGGCAUUUUUCCACAUGUCAGUCAAAAAGCCCAUAUGUGGAUUCCCUCGAAUGUCGAAACUCCACAUGUGGAUUUGCGUCUGGCAUGUGUAAAAAUAUUUCGAUGUGUGGGAAUCAUUCAAAUUAUGCUAAGGCAUAAUAGGAAAGUCUGAGCCAAAACAGCACUUCAACUAUACUUUAAUAAUACAUCCGCACAGAGUGGAGGAACUACCCAGUGCUUUUCCGGCAGCGUAUGCACUUUUAACUACUCCACAGUUGAAAACAGUGCUGCAACUUCAAGUGGAGGAGUGUUUUUCUUAUUUGAAAGUAGCCUCUAUUUAUACAACUCUAUCUUUAAUGGAUUUGUCGGCUCCUGUGUUGAAACAAGUAAAACACCAACAAUUGUGGUCUCCAACUCCACAUUUAAAAAUGGUAUCAACACAUAUGGGGCUGCAAUAGACUGCGUUAACUGUGUUUCAGUAAAUAUUACAAGCUCAACUUUUACGGAUUUAAAAUCUACAGACGGUGGCGCUCUUUAUUUUGAUUAUCAAUCAUAUACAGAUGCAGAUAAUAAAGUCACAAUAACAGACUCAGUAUUCAAUAACUGCACAGCAGAGUAUGGCGGUGCUAUCUACUCAAAUAAAUUUGAUUUAGAUAUAUCAGGCUGCACUUUUGAAAACAAUUAUGCAGGUGAUUCUGCCACUGCUUGCACAGCUGGAGAAGGAGGAGCUGUUUAUUUAAAAUCAGAAGACUCUAUAAAUAUCACGAUUAGCAGCUCAACGUUUACCAAUAAUUCAGCCUGCAUAAGCGGAGGUGGGAUACAAUGGUACGACUAUCAACCAGUUCUAACUCCCCCCCCCUCGAAGUUCGAGCAAGAUUUUUUUGGUCGAACUUCGAGGGGUUUAAGAGAAAAUUUUUUAAAAAAAAUUAUAUAGAAUUUUUUUUUAUAUAAUUUAGUAGUAAAAAAAAAAAAAAAUAUUUAUCAUAUUCUUCUGUAUAGUUGAGAGGGUGUAAGGGUUAGAAAAAAUAGUCCAAGAUGGUUUGUAACGCUUUUUUAGAACUUGAAUACAAAAAUCGCAAGCUCACCCCCACAUAGUUUAAAAUUUUUGAAAAAUUGCUUAUUUUCCUAUUAAAUUUAUAUAGGUCUUGGUCGAACUUUGAGGGGGGUUAAUUUUUCAAAAAAAAAAUAGGAAUUUUCCCUAUAUCUUGGUCGAACUUCGAGGGGGGGGAGUAAGCGAUUUAGUAUAUAAAAACAACUCAGCUUAUUAUGGAAAUAAUUUGGCAUCUUUUCCUUAUAGCUUAGAUGUAAUAGAUUCUAGAAGAAGGCUAGAAGUCAGUGUAGACUCAGCUCCAGGCCAAACUAUUUCUUCUCCAAUUAUUAUAGGAAUAAUGGACCAUUACAAUCAGACUGUGCUGACAGAGAGCUCGAGCUAUUGCCAAUUAGAAGUGGUAAACAGCACCAGCUACUCAUUGUCUGGGAAAACCAAAGUUCAGGCAGCUUCUGGACUUUAUAACUUCAGCGACGUUAUAGUCACUGGUGAUCCUGGAAGCAAUGUAGAGAUUACUGUAUCUUCUACAAUAGUUUCUAAUAGCAAUUUACCAAGCGGAAAUAUUGUGUUUGACUUAAGAAAUUGCACUGUUGGAGAAGCUUUAGUAGCGAAAACCUGCCAAGUUUGUACUAGUGGGACUUAUAAUUUGGAAGCUGGGACUUCUUGCAAGGAUUGCCCUGCUGAAGCAAAAUGCUAUGGAAAAAGUGAUAUUUAUCCACUGGCUGGAUAUUGGAGGUGGUCAAAUACAACUGAUGAUUUUUUGGAGUGCCCAAAUUCAGCUGCUUGCUUAGGAGGAGUCGCAACGAACAAUUCUUUAGGAGAGUGUGAAACAGGAUAUUAUGGAAAUUUAUGCCAAUCCUGCCAAUCUGAUUAUUCUCGGAAUGGCCAAGACUCAUGCUCAAAAUGCCCGAACCCUACUAUAAAUGCUCUGAUUUUGGCUGCAAUGCUUAUUUUAGCAAUUUUAAUCGUGUUUUUAAUGGUCCGAGCUUCUAUUAAAUCUGCAUUUAAGCCCAAAUCAAUGACUUCAGUAUUUAUCAAGAUCUUCAUGAAUUAUUUACAAAUUGUCGUUCUUACUGCAUCUUUUAACUUAGACUGACCAUUUUUGGUUUUACAGUUCUUUUCAGUCCAAGAGCAAGCUGGUGGGGUCACAGACCAAAUUUUUUCAAUUGACUGCUAUUUACAAGGGGAAAAUACAAAACCAUUUUAUUCAAAAUUGGUUUUCAUGGCUCUUCUACCAGCAGGACUCUUUGUUAUAACACUGAUAUUUUGGCUGGGAUACUAUAUCUGUGUUAUUGAUACUAAAUAUAUAAAGAAUAAGUUUUUAGGCUCAUUGGUGGUUCAGCUGUUUUUAAUCCACCCAACACUUGUGAAAUACAAUUUUUCGUGCUAUAACUGCUAUGAAGUUUCGCCAGGGAAUUAUUACUUGAGAAGUGAUUUGGAUUUGAAGUGCUGGGACUCUGAGCAUUGGUCUUACUCGCUUUUUGUCGCUUUUCCAAGCAUAAUGGUAUGGUGUAUCACCGUUCCUGCUUUGUGCUUGCUUCAUAUAUACCUUAAUAGAGACAAACUUUUGACAUUAGAAUUAAAAUUACAAUAUGGGUUUUUAUAUUUAGGGUACAAAAAAGAAACUUAUUAUUGGGAAUUCACCAUUAUUUAUAGAAAAAUUCUUAUUAUUUGCUGUGCCGUUUUUAUGGGAAAUUCUUCAACUUCAGUACAAGCAUUGACUGUCUUUUUCUUGCUGCUGACUUGUUUCUUUGUGCAAGCAAAAAUACAGCCAUACUUGACAGACCAAUUAAAUAUUUUGGAUUUAAGGGCUAUUUUAGUUUCAGGACUUACAAUUUAUUGUGGGUUGUUUUACCUAACAGGCGACAUUGUUUAUGCUGUAAAAAUUGUGCUAUUUAUUAUCAUUGUUGUUGUCAAUUUUUAUUUCCUCUUCUAUUGGGCUUCAAAUAUGACUGGAGUUGGCCUGGCAAUUUUAUAUUCAAAACUAGGAUUUAUAAGAAGAUGCCUUCAUGGAACAAAAUUAGAAAACUGGCUUCUUCAGCUGGUCCCUGCUAAAAUCCCAGAUACUUCUGAAACUGAGCUUGAUAAAACUUUUACAGAGACAGCUUAUACAAAAGAUAAUUUAGAUUCUCCUCAUAAGGUUCCUACUCAGCCAUGUAUUGAUCCUAAGCCAUCCUCAAGGAAGUUGAAAAGAUAUAAUUCAAGAAGCAAAGUUUCUGAUUCAGGCACAUUUUUCAGUGAAGAACAGCAUAAGGAAAAGAAUGACAUUGAAGUUGUUAGGUAUGAUGAAGAUUCAGUAAAGAGCUUAACGAAUUCGAAUGAGAAUGCUGAAGAGAUAUCGAUAUUUGAAAGGGUCCCUCUUCCGAGCUUGAGAGAUAAUGAAGGCUUUGAAAAUGAUCACAAUUAA